CUAUAAUAUGUGAGCAUUAAUUGAAUCCUUAAUUGAUUAAUAGCUGUCUUAGAGAAUGUCUGGAGCGGAGCAGCGGAAUGGCGUGACCUCAGAGCCGCGGUUCGAUCUGGACGACCCCGAGUGCCAGCGCCAGAUGAUGAGACCGCCAGACAUCGAACAGGACAUGAAAGAGAUGGACCGCCGGAAACGGGUUGACAUGAUUAUGAACAGUCAGGUGUUCAGAGAGGAAUUGGAGCGUAUCAUUGAAUCGCAGCUAAACGAGGGCUAUUUGCCGGCCAGUCUGUCAGCCCUUCAACAGGUGACUGAACUUUUACUGCCACACUCGGCGCGCGGCUCAUCCCUCUCCAGACUCGGUCACUCAGGGAUGCCUAUCAAUGACAUCCGAGGCAUCGAUGGCUUUCGUUACGCUAAGGGCGAGAAACUGCUUCGAUGUAAACUCGCGGCCGUCUAUAGACUAGUAGACCUCUACGGUUGGUCUGAAGGCAUCUAUAAUCACAUUACUGCGCGCGUCAGUCAAGACACGGAACAUUUUUUGUUGAAUCCAUUUGGCCUCCAAUACCAUGAAGUGACGGCAUCGACACUCCUCAAAGUGGAUAUGCAGGGAAGCGUCAUCGAUCCGGGAUCUACUAACUUCAGUUUCAAUAGGGCCGGUUUUGUGCUUCACUCAGCCAUCCAUUCUGCGCGACCAGACAUUAAAGCAGUCAUUCAUUUACAUCACUCCCCAUGUGUUGCUGUCUCUGCUAUGAAGUGUGGACUUCUGGCCGCCAGUCAAGAGGCGGCCAUUUUAGGCGAAAUUAGUUAUCAUGACUACAAUGGGCUGCUAAUAGAUCCUGAAGAACGCGAACAAAUUGGUCGCAAUUUGGGAAUUCACAAUAAAGUAUUGAUUUUGCGAAACCAUGGGGUACUCACAUGUGGAGAGACGGUUGAAGAGGCGUUAUAUUUGAUGCAAAACCUGGUUAUUGCGUGCGAAACACAAAUAAAGCUAAUGUCGUGCGGUAUUGACAACAUUAGGAUCAUGUCGGCUGAAUCCAUAGAACAGGUUCGUUCAGUUAUCAAAGCCGCCGGCACUCAAGUCCAGGGAAAGCCCCCCUCCACUGAUGACUCGGUUGUGGCCGCAAAUCCUGAACAUCACGAACACAGAGAGAAACUCAAGAAAUGGAAAGUUUGGGACCUGGAGUUCGAGGCACAGAUGCGAAUGUUGGACAACGCUGGCUUCCGUACGGGUUAUCUGUAUAGACAGCCACUGUUGAGAGCAGACCAGCCGCGCACUAAGUACGACGUGGAAGAGCCGCCUUCCGCUUCAUCGUUGGCCCACUAUCUCGAAGAAGACAAAUGGUUGAGUCCAUUGAAGAAGUUGGUCGAAGGCAAGCGAACCCAAGACAAGCUCCGUUGGGUUAACUCACCGAAUGUCUACCAAAAAGUAGAAGUUUUGGAGUCGGGAACCACUGAUCCUAAAAAGAUAACUAAGUGGGUUCAGGGCUCUCAGGAUGGGUCACCAUCUCAUAGCACUCCCAUCAAAAUAGAAACCCCCCAUCAGUUCGUUCCGGUCAGUCUCGAUCCCAGUGAGUUCAAGAGAAAACAGAAACAGAUGAAGGAGGUUCGCAUCCAAAACAAGAUAUCCAGUGGACCGCAGAGUCAUAUACUGGAAGGCGUCACGUGGGAAGAGGUGAAGCAUAUGAACGAACAAAAGUCGGGCGAUCAGGUGGUGUUAGUGGGCGCCGCCUCUAAAGGCAUUAUUCAGCGCGAGUAUCAGCACAACGCUAUGGUCUAUAAGAGCGCGUACGCCAAGAAUCCAUUUGAUAACGUGACCGAACAGGAGAUCGAAGACUAUAAGCAAAUUGUCGAACGAAAGCAAAGAGGAGAACCAGUGGAUGACGUGCCCGACAGUGUCCGUCACUUACUGAUAGAGCCGGUCUCUCUGAACCAAACCACACAAGACAUCACUAGUCCUACUUCUCCCACAUCUCCACUCUCUGAUGAAGACGAGUCUAUAUCUAGCAAUAAUCGGGUGCAACGGUCGCACUCGGCCCGACUCGCAGCACAAGCCGCUGAGGACAAGUUCUUUUCUCGAAACCGCUUUCGGUCUGAACGCAAACCAAAUAAACAGAGCACUAGUGAUACAGCCGUCAACGGUGAAGAUAAAUUGGGUGACUAUUCUGGUGCCUCCAGGAGUAGCAAAGAGGGCUCUCCUGUGAAAGAGUUGGAGAAAUCGAAGAAAGACAAGGAUAAGGAUAAGAAGGACAAGAAGAAGGGGAUCCGAACCCCGAGUUUUCUACGCAAAAAGAAACAUAAGAAGGAUAAGGAGAAGAAUGAGGCAUAAUAUUAGAGACAAAUAUAAGAUUUAUUGCAUUUGAAAUCCAUUAAUAAAUUGAAUGCUUCGCUCAUCUUUUGACGCAAAGACUGCCACAGCUUUUGGACACAUUGUUUAGUAUUUGUUUUGAAACAUUACUCCAUAUUCUCCUUCAAAGUUGUAUUAAUAUAUUUGGAUUUAUUGCUCAUUAAAAGUGUGUUAUAUUUAUGAACUAAAGAGAGGGAGGCUUUCGAUAAACGCUUUUAUCGAAAACGAUGUCUGGAAUCGAAAUGUUUUAGUAUUAACUGCUCGAAGGAGACGACAACUCACUUGUUUUCGACUUAGAAUUUAUUUAAAACAAUAUUUUACAAAAUAAAUAAUAUAUUUUCCAAUUGAAUACUUCUGUGCGAUUAAAGGCGACAACAUUUAGGAAAUUCGUUCAUUUAAUUCAAAUUUUAGUAGACUUUUAAUUAAUUACGAUUUUAAUGAAAUUUCUUAAUAAACUAAAGAAUAUAUUAUUAUUAUUAUGAAUAAUGAAAACAAAUUUAUAUUUAAAUUUCCAUUUGGACUCUAUUUAUGGGGAGAAAAUCCGCAAAACUAUUGUAAAUACACUCCAAAAGAAUACACAUUUAUUUCAAUCAAUUUUGUUAAAACAUUUUUUUCGUGCGACGAGUUUUAAAACAAAAAUUAUUUAAAAAAUCCAAUGCUUUACAUGUCUUGAAGUUAAUGUUAUAAACAAUUAUCUCAUUUGUGUUUGAAAUGAGGGUUUGUUUUUACGGAAAGUAUAAAAUUUGCGAUAAAUAAACAACAAAACAGAUGUACUUUAUAUUAAUGAUUAUUAAUUAUGAUUAUAUAAUUUAAUGAAUGAGAUGUAAAAAUAGGCAGCUUUUAUAGGCACUGGUUGUGUGAGGCCAGGGCUGCUCUGUUACCUGAAAUACAUAUAUUUGAAUGUAGUCCUCAUUAUUUGUGAUUUUGAAUUCUAUUAUAAUAUGACAUCAAAUCAAAUCUAAUUUGUUUUUUCCUUUUAUUUGUUAGAUUUUUUCCAAUUUAUUUAAUUAUCUAUUGAUUAAAAAUCAUUUAAAUUAUGUAU